AUGGGCUGGGCAGCUCAGGACAGGCCCAGCGCCCAGCUGCCAACAGCGUCCCUGCGAGCCCCGAGCGCCUAUCCCGGGCCUGGGGCUGAGCGGCACCGCCGCGGUCUCUUGCCCUUCGGACACCCAGGGCUGCAGCCUGGCUCCCCGGGAGGCGCCAGAGUCCUGGGCCGGGCCGGCUUCCUCAAGCCCCUGUCCGGCGCCUCCCGCCGGGCUCGCGGCCACCUGCCCUUCCAGGGCCUGGUACCAGCUCGGGCCACCAGCCCGCCAGCGCCGCCUCCCACAUGGGGUCGCCUCCGUGCUGAGGGCCGCAGCUGGUUCCGGAAGCGGCUGGCCCUGGCCCUUCGCCCGGCCUGCGGGCGCCUGGCUCAGCCCCUGCUCGCCCCUCCGUGGGGCGUCUGCCCCGGUGGGAGCCGAGACCCCAGCGUCCUCACGGAGGCGCGGCCGGUGCGGGCAGCGGCUGAAGGUCCUCGGGGCAUCGCAGGCUUGGGCGCGGAUACACCGGCUUAUGGGCACCUAGCGCUCUCCCGCGCCCUUUCUUCCCCGCCGGACCUUUCAGAAGAGAGCCCCUCCCCCCGCAGCCCGCACCCCGUCCUCCCCACCGGCCCUGCCUGGGGGCUCCCUCCGGUGUCUGAGCUGCCCCUGGCGCUCUCCCGCCCCACACCUGUCCCGGCAGUCCACCGGCAGAUCAGCAAGGAGCUGCGGAUUCGGACGGGCGCCGAGAACCUCUACAGAGCCACCAGCAACGCCCGCGUCAGGGAGACCGUGGCCCGGGAGCUGAGCGACGUCAACUGCAGCCUGCAGCUGCUGAAGGAGGAGCUGGAGGAGCUGGGCCGUGAGGACGGGGCCCCGCCCCAGAGUGAAGGCACCGCCCCCAUGAUCCCGCUGGGGCUGAAGGAGACCAGGGAGCUGGACUGGGCCACGCCCCUGAGGGAGCUGAUCUCCAGGCACUUUGGAGAAGACGGUGCCACCUACGAGGCGGAAAUCAGGGAGCUGGUGGACCUGCGGCAGGUGGGCGCCCCACCCAGCUCCCCAGCCUGCCAGCGCCCCAACCCCGCCCCGCUCCCGGGCUGCCGCCCCUCCUGCACUCUUCACUCUCCUGGGCCAGCGGGCAGACGCACCAUGCCGGGCUCCUGGUGGAGGGAGGCCCACCCCCCGCUGCCGCAGGAGCCGGAGGAGCGCAGGAAGCUGGGCAAGGCCCACCUGCGGCGCGCCAUCCUGGGCCAGGGGGAGGCCGGGCGGCUCCAUGCCGAGUGCCGGGCCCUGCGCAGGGUGGACCCGCUGCAGGCCACGCUGGCCCAGGCGCUGCGGCGCGCGAUGACCAAGCACGCGGAGCUCGACCUCGAGGACGACUUCUCCGAGGCCCCCGAGGCCCCCGACAUCCAGCCAAAGACGCUCCAGAGCCCCGGGGCCAGGCCGCCCAGCUUCUCCCGGGCAGAGACGGCUGACAUCUUCCACCGGCUGGGGCCCCUCUCGCUGUUCUCGGCCAAGACCCGGUGGCGGCUGGUGGGGCCCGUGCAGGUGGCCCGAGGGGAGGGCGGCUUUGGCUUCACGCUGCGGGGAGACGCCCCGCGGCCGGGGGACCCCCAAGCCUGCCUGAGUGCCCCGUCUGACCUCACCCUGGGCUCCCAGGAGCCUUUGGGAGAGGGCCCCGAGGGCUACUGGACCAGACCACUCUGA